AUGAGAAACGUUCUCGAAAUCCAAUCCAAUGGUUCAGAUCUUCUACCAGACAAUGUGGUCGACCACUCCUUGUCAAAUCAACAAUGCUCAGGCAGGCAGAUCAUCGACCAGGAUUUGCAGCACGGCUCGUCGCUGCUACAACCUCCGUCUCGAAGUCAACCUGGAGCCUUUGCUAUCAGCAGACAACACCGAAAUUCUCUUGGCUACGAAUCAGGUACUGAUGAUCGUACUUUUGUUGCAACUUUGAGUCCAAGACAAGUAUCUGAGACAGACCCCGUGUCACCAGAGGCGACGACUUUAUCCGCCGAAAUAUACGAAGAAAGAGCUGCAGAUGCCGCGGCUUUUCAGGAUGAUUACGAAAGCUUUGUAAUCGGAAGAGCUAGAAAGCGAGCUGCGUUUGCUUUGACCGUAAUUCUCAUUGUAACCGUGUCUAUCGUGAUUGCUUCUACCUGGAACAGAAAAACUCGUGAAGAUAUGUCACUUUGGGAAUCUGAAGAAAAAAAACCUUUACAAAAGGCCAGCGGCUGGCCAAAAGUCGGAAACACUAUUCUAGGACCAACAAACCAGGAUAAUAUUAGGUUUGGACUUUCCGUUGCAGUAUCGUCCACUGGGACCCGCAUCGCGGUUGGUCUCCCAGGCCUUGACUUACAUGGCGAAGGGACCAUGUACGAGGCAGGGGGUGCAUUCGUAUUUGAUUUCAAUGGAACAGACUGGGUUCUAGUUGGAGAGAUAAAUGGCCAAGCUCAAGGAGCAAAAGCCGGUAUUUCUGUGAAGUUAUCAAAUGAAGGAGGUCGCCUAGCUAUUGGUUGUCCCGGCUGGUCAGAAAAUGAUGGUUAUGUGGCAGUUUAUGAGGAAGCGGAGGAAGGCAAGUGGAGCCGUUUGGGCGAAAUCAUGAUUGGUGCAGAGGGGAAAGGCGAACACUUUGGCAGCGAAGUAGCGUUGUCGGCUGAUGGUAAUUUCAUAGCAGUCGGUUCCAAGUUUGCGAGCACCACUGAUGAAAAUGAGCAUACAUUGCAGAAUACUGGCGCUGUUAAUGUAUUUCGAUUCACCGGUCAAGAAUGGAAACGUGCUGGGAACACGAUCUAUGGCGGCAAUACUGGUGACUUACUUGGAUGGGCAGUGGCAAUUUCAGGCAAUGGGAUGCGUAUCGCCGCAGCUGCGUUGGGUUUCGACACUUUUGCUGGGCAGAUGCUAGUUUUCGAUUUGUUGGGAGAGGUUUGGCAAAGAACUGGGGAUGAUUUUGUUGGCACCGAGGCUCGUGAGAAUUUCGGUGCGUCUGUUGCGCUCUCGGAAGAUGGGAGGACCCUUGCGGUUGGUGCUACAGGCUAUUCCAUUGGCGAAGGGGCGGUCCUUGGAGCUGGGCGUGUGCAGAUCUUUCAGUGGGAGUACGCUUCUUGGUCAUUAGUUGCUUCGAUAUCAGGAGAAUCAAAAUUUCAAAAACUCGGGUUGUCUCUUGCACUUUCGUCGGCUGGCAAGAAGUGUGGAGUUGGGGCACCUGGAAUUGAUGUUAGCACUGGUUUUGUUCGCGUCCUGGAGCAGACAUCCGAAGGCUGGGUCACUCUUGGGUCCGACAUAAAUGACGAAGGAGCCAUUGGUGGUCGUUUUGGCGGGUCUGUCGAUCUUUCGUCGGAUGGGAACGUGGUAGUUCUAGGUGCACCACUUGCAACCUUCGAUGGACUGAGAAGUGAGGUUGGACAUGCCUUGGUCUACCAAGAUACAUAA